AAAACUAAUAUAAAAGUAGCACUUUAUAGUUGUAAUGCAAUUACUGUCAACUUGCCAAUUCCAACUGUACUUGAUAUUGUUGCUUGUUUGCCAGUUCAAAAUUUAUUAAAAUAUAAAACUG